AUGGGCGACACGGGAAAAGCAAGUAUAAGAUUGCGGGAGUUUUACAAAGGCAAGAAUAUUUUCAUCACUGGUGCCAGUGGGUUCUUGGGAAUAUGCCUUUUGGAGAAGAUCUUGAGGUGUGUUCCACACCAUGGGAACAUCUAUUUGUUGCUGAGGCCGAAGAAAGGGAAGGAUAUCGCUGAAAGGUUGGAGGAGAUUAAGAAGAAUCAGGUUUUUGAGAAAGUGUUAGAGGAUCGCAGUGUUGAAGAGGUUUUCGAAAAAGUGAAAGUAGUCGCUGGAGAUGUUGCCCAAGACAACUUGGGUCUUUCUGCCGGAGACAGAAAAUUGCUUACAGACUGUGUCAAUAUCAUCAUUCAUUGCGCGGCAACUUUGGAUUUUGGUGACACCUUGAAGACAACAGUCGAUAUCAACCUAUUGGGAACAAGGAGGAUCACACAGCUUGCAAAGGAUUGCUCAAAACUCAAUGCUUUGGUCCAUGUCAGUAGCGCGUAUGUAAACUCUUGGAGAUUACAUGCUGAGGAAGUAAUCUACCCACUUCCAAACAAAAUGGACGCCGAAGAGUUGAUAUCGUUGGUGAAUAAGCUGAGUCCUGAAGAUCUGGACAAACAGACGCCAGAUAUUCUUGGAGAGCAUCCUAACACGUAUACGAUAACCAAACAUUUGGCUGAAUUGGAAGUGCAAAAAAUGGAGAAACUAUUCCCUUGUACCAUUGUGAGACCAAGUAUGAUUGUUGGGUCGUGGAAAGAACCAGUCCCCGGUUGGACAAUUAGCAAAAACGGUCCUCAAGGAUUCUUCAUGGGCGCAUCUAAAGGUGUUAUCAGAAGAUUACCCGUUGCUUCCCGCUUGAUCUAUGAUUACAUUCCCGUUGAUAUUGUCGUGAACAAUAUGUUGGCUGCUGGAUACUAUGCAGGUGUUACAAAGCCCAAAGUUGUGACAAUCUUCCACGCAACCACAAGCACCAGAAACCCGUUCAGAUGGUACAGCGUCGAGGAUAGAAUCAACGAUUAUCUUCAUAUGUUCCCUCUCCAGUCGGCCAUCUGGUAUCCACAUUUGAAACUACUACCGUCCAUCACGUGGUACAAGAUCUCGGCGUUCUUCGUACAUAUUUUGCCGGCUAUUUUGCUGGAUAUGGUGCUCAGAGUUACCGGUGGACGACCAAUUUUAAUGAAACUUCAUGGCAAUGUCAAUACAUCGCUGAAUAGGCUGGAGAAAUUCAUUUUCACGGAAUGGAAGUUUGUGGCACGAAAAACUGCGGAUCUACAGGAUUGGAUGGUAGGCGAUGAUCAAAACACAUUUACGGUUGAAGUGGCAACGUUGGUUUGGCACGAGUACUUCAAAGAUCUAACGAGAGGCUCCAGGAUAUAUCUCAGCAAAGAUCCUAUCAAAACUUUGAACUCUGCCAAGACAAAAGAUCAAAUAUUGCAUGGCGUCCACCUACUAUGGCAGACCCUCGUUUUCCUUUUAUUCUGGUAUUUAUACGCAUGUAUGCUCGGUACAACAUUGUAUGGAUGCAUUUAUUUCAUACCAGUAUUUUUCUUGCUGUAUAAUCUGCUGUAACUUAUAAGUUUUGAGUAUAAAGUAUUUUCUAAAUAUUUCUAUGAAACUCACUUUCUUUUAAUCUAACUUGAGGUUUAAAGUACUGAGCAUGGAAAAAGGCAAGAUUGCUCAAAAAUCUCGUAAAGCAACUGACACACUGUCUUUUCAAAUGUUGUGUGAUCGGUUUGCGUAAGUAAAAAAAAAUAUGAAUUUUUCUAGCCUCAUUUUUGAAGUUUAUCAUGAAGCUGUUGUGUUUUUUGGGUGUUAUUAUUGUUUAAAAACGAAUGAUAUAUAUUUAUAUUUUAUUGUAAUGUUAAGAGUUGUGUUAAGCGAGGCAUCCAUGUACCAAUAAUUUGAUUUGAGGUAUGAGUAAGGCAUAUAUAUAUUUUUCUAUACUUCAGUUUAUGUUAGUUGUUAUAGAGCAUUUCGGAGCGGUAAAUUUGCAGAAUGUUAGGCCCACAUUUAUAGUCGAAGAAAAUUUUUUGUGAAUUUUGAGUAUUUUGAAAAAUUCCAAAUAUUUGGAUCCAACAAUUUUUAAAAAUCAAUAAAUUUCGACAAAUUUUAAAACUUUGGAAAUUCCGAAUUUUAUAGAAAAUUUGAACAUUUUGAAAGUCCUUAAAACCACAAAAAUUUCGAACACAUUAUUUUGAAAAUCUUGAACAUCUAUACAUCUUAUAAUCUUGAAAACUACGAAAACUUAAAAUUCUGAUUCUUGAAAUCUCGAAAAACUUCACGAAAAAUUUGUAAAUGUUGAAAGAAAAGUCGAAAAAGACUUGAAACUGAAUGUUUUGAAAAUUUUGACGAUUUUGGAAAUUUUGAAAGUUUAAAUAUUCUGAAAAAAGUCUUUACCAUCUGUUAUUCUGUAAAGUGCAAAUGUAAAAUCGCCACUUCAGGGUAUUCGUUCAGCUCUCAAUAAGGACCUAUUUAUAGUCAGUGCCUAAGUUUCUGUUUUUUUUGUGUGGAAAUUGCAUUUACUGCAAACAAUUUACGCAUUAUCAUUGAUUAAAGCAGGUAUGCUACCUGAAGAUCUCUAAUCAUAAAUCCUGGCCCAAAAAGGCAUCUGCAAAAAGCGAUCUGUCUCAGUGCCCAUCUGUGCUACAGUAGCAGAUUACAAACAUGAAUUUAGAAAUCCACAAUGAGUGUUUGAUUCUGCAUGACUGUCAUAGAUGGGGCAUCCCUUUUAUGCCUAUAUCAUUUGAGCACCAUCAGUUGGAAUACAUCGAUCCAUGGCAUUAUUUUGCGUUUGAUCUAAAGAACAUGUAGAAUCAUAUAAAAUAUUGUUAAGUUCGUUUUGCAGGUUCAUAUAUAUUGUACCAAUAUUUUUGUAUUUUAUUUUUCAAUAAAUAAAUUAAAAAGUAUUUCGUUCAAGUUUUGUUAAAAUUGAAAAAUUUCAAAGUUCUAAAAAAAAAUGUUUCCGAGAAUUUUGAAAUAUUUCAAGAAUUUCAAAAAUUGAAGGUUUUCAGAAUUUUCUAAAUUCUGAAAAUCAGUUAGAAUAAAACAAUCAAUGGUAUUAUUUGGGGAUUGGUGUUAAGAACAUGUAGAAUCAUAUAGAACUGUCAAGUUCCUUUUGCAGGUUCAUAAAUGUCCAACCAACAUUUUUGUAUUUUAUUUUUCAAUAAAGAUACAAAACAUUU